CUUUCAGAUAACACAGGAACCUGGCCACACUAUUUACCUGUGUGGAACUUUGGAAUUCACUCAUAGGGAGAGUGAAGCCGUGCCAACUAUUGAAUAAAACGACACUUUUGUCAAGGAAAAGAACAUUUUAAGUCCGACUAUCCUCAUUAUGAGGACCAAGUGCUCCGUCCUGCUGCUGUUGGCUUUGGUCCUCGUCCUUACAGGCCUCGCGCAAAGUUUCAACCCACUAUUUGUCUUUGAUGGGAACUCCACUACUCACCGCGACAUCACCCAAAGGGCGAUCCUCCAAAAGACGGCAGAGGUCUGCCGAGACAUUGCUGCUGCAGAUGGACGGGACUUCACUCUGGCCAUUGACGACAGUCUAACAGCUGAGCGAGUACAAGAAGCGUGCUCCUCCUCAGAAAAUUCCACCUCGCUGCUGUCCAGUGUUCUGUUCCACAGUUCCAUUGCCAAUUUGUACUUCAGCAACGCCAACGUGGAUUUCGUGUCGGUGUUGAGCGACGAGCAUCAUUUUGAUGGCGAGACCUUUCAAAAAGGACGAGACUUGAUCACUCAAGGCGUGUCCUCUGUAAAGGCCAGCGUGAAACGGGAAAACUUCAUUGCCGGCCGCUGGACUCUUGGCCGUGUAUGUCAUACUCUGCAGGACUUCUACAGCCACAGCAACUGGGUGGAGUUGGGGAACACGUCCCCUUACAGCGUUUUGAUCACACCUGACCAACCACUUGAGAAUCUGGCGGGCCUAAACGUUUCAACCUGUAGAAACUGUACGGGACAAAGCUGUGACAACAACAUUUUGCCUGAUGUGCUUCAGCAGGGGCUUCUCACCUCGGGCUACUUCAGCAUCCUCUCCCCAGAAAAGCCGGAAGGAAAAUGCAGCCAUGGAGGUAGUUUUGACCAAACUAGUAUCCGGGACCCAGUGGGCGGCAUCAAUAAGGAUGCUAUUACAUCAAGCCAUGGCUCACUUCACCAUCAAGCGGCCAAUUUGGCCAUAAAUGCUACUCUGGAGCUACUGGAGGAUAUCAGAAUCGCUGUCGGCGACAUGAACUUCCUAAGACUGAUGGGUCUCUCCCAGUCUGCUGUGCUGUGUUUUGUCAUUGACACAACAGGUAGUAUGAGCGAUGACAUAGCCGAAGCAAAGAGAGUUUCCUUCGACAUCAUCGACAGUAAGAGGGGAACCGAGCAGGAGCCUUCAGCCUACAUAUUGGUUCCUUUCAACGAUCCAGGUUUUGGGCCUCUGCUGACAACGACUGAUGCAGACACGUUCAAAGCAAACAUCAAUAAGCUGACUGCCAGUGGAGGAGGUGACAUCCCAGAGCUGUGUUUGUCUGGACUGCAGCUCGCCCUUACCGCCGCUCCUCCAUCUUCUGAGAUAUUUGUCUUCACUGACGCCCCAGCAAAAGACGCCGAGUUGAAAAGCACCAUCACUGCUCUUAUAGAGAGCUCCAAGUCUGUGGUAACUUUCAUGCUGACGGACGUCCUGGCCAGUCGGCGCAGGAGGGCUAUAAACCAAGCAGAUGCCCAGCUGUACCGUGACCUUUCCCGAGCAUCUGGAGGUCAGGUCAUCGAGGUCAGGAAGGCCGAUCUCGCCAUGGCGACGAGUGUUAUAGAGGAUUCCUCGGCCAGUGCCGUGGUGACCAUUUUUCAAGCAGGGAGUCCUGGAAAGCCUGAUAAUUUCACGUUUACGGUUGAUGGUUCACUACAAAACUUAACCGUCUACAUAACAGGAGCUGCAUCACUCACCUUUAAUCUCACCAGCCCCUCGGGUGUAUCUCAGAGCUCCGGCGAGUCCAGUGAACCGCUGGCAUCUUUGACCUCGGCAGGUAACCUUCGGCGACUGAGCCUCAACAACGGUAGUGAGACCGGACUGUGGGAAAUAAAAGUAGACUCCAAUGAUCCUUACUCUGUAAAAGUCACAGCCCAAAGUUCAGUGAACUUCAUCUACAACCUCGUGGAAGCCAGCGAAGGAGUCCAUUCGGACUUUUUUCUGAAGGAAAGUCGACCUCUUUCAGGUGGCAAUGCCAGCCUCUUGGUCACGGUGACAGGAAGUGACAGCGUAAAAGCUCCAGAUGUCACACUGUAUGACAGUUCAGGACCAACAGAGGUCAACGGGACAAUACGGUCUUUAGGGGGUGGUAACUUCCUGGUGACAUUCAGCGAGCUUCCAGCAGGUGACUUUGUGGUCCGACUAAGAGGAGACGACAGCAGCUCAUUGACAAAGUCGACUCCAGUCAGCUUCCAGAGGCAGGCUUCCACUCAACUCAAGACUUCCAGCCUAUCCGUGACUGCCCAAGCCAACAGUACCAACAUAGAACCAGGCUCUACCGUCUCCAUCCCUUUCACCGUCGCCACAACAACCGGUGGAGUCGUCAAUGAAACUGCAAACGGGAUGUUCACGGUGCGAGCGACCAAUGACCGCAGCUUUGACUCCUCAUCGCCCAGCUCUGUCACUAUAGAAGAGGGCAAUGGUGGAAAAGCUAACGGCACAGUGACUCUAACAGCACCUGACACUGCGACAUCUGGAACAGACGUGACGCUUACAAUUGAGGCAGAGGAUGCAGCUGCCACCGAUAUCAACUAUGUUGUCCUUAGGUUCUCCGUCUCUGCUAAGGCGACUGACGUCAAAGGACCAGUGUGCCAGGGGGUCAGUACAUCCACCAACUGUACGUCCUCACUAUGUGCCGCCUCCCAGUGGGAGUUUGUGGCCAACGUGACCGACGGCGUCAAUGGGACGGGCAUUGAAAGCAUCGCCCUCCGUGAAGGGAACGGCACCCUCAACAUGAGCACACUAGUCGGACCGGGGGGCGAGAACAUCACCGUGGUCUCCUACGUGGCCUCCUGCUGUGCAAGCAGAGUACAGCUGUCUGCCGUGGACAACGUUGGAAACGUGGGCUUUUGUGUGGGCCAGGUCAGAGAGUCCACCACAGUUGCACCUGUUACUACGGCUAAUGUAACCAUGAAUGUUACGUCCACUGGGGGGCACACUCUCAGCACGUCAUAUGGUCUGUGGAUUACCGCUGUACUACUCCCACUUUGGAAAUAAAAGGGAUGCAGGGAAGGAUUUAUACAUACAGUAUAUAACAUGUGUAUCUUAAAUUAUAAUACAAAAAUUAACUACUUUAAACAUUUGAACAUUUACUAUACUGAAGCUGUAAGGGAAUCAAAUUAUAUUAUAUUGCGAUUCUUGAUUGAGUGUAUGGAUUUGUAUUGUACUAUUGAUGCCAUAUGUUGGUAGUUAUAGUUUGAUUAAUCAAAGGAAAACCAGUAAGAAAAAAAUCACUGUCAUGGAAUUACCAAUACAUUUUACUACCCUAACUUACCGCAUCAUAAUUUAUUGUACACCCGCACAAGGUAAAAAAAAAAACAACACCCGAUCAAUAUAAGAACUGCUUAUAAAAGUCUGAAUCUAAAAAGGUAAUGAGUUUUGAUCAACAGAAUCAGCAAGAUAUUCAUUUAAGAUAUUUAUUAAUAUGGAUGGUGUUUGCAGUGGUGAAAAUCUGGUAAAUAAACACAAUAUACCGUAUUUUCAGGACUAUAAGCCGCACCGGUAUAUAAGGCGCACCCACUGAAUUUUGGAAGAAAACUUUAUUUUUAUUUUUAUUAGCCGCACUCGACUAUAAAUGUAAAAUGAGAUAUCUAUAUUGAAAAUUUUUUUUUAAAAUUAUUUAGAUACGCUAAUUGUUUCCAAAUGGUUCCUGUAAAACGACUGAUCAAACAAAACAGAAAAGUCAUUGCUGUCUUUAUUCAUUCUUUAUGAUAUGAAUAAGAUUUUCUCCUUUUUUUAAAUAAGGUUGACGAUGCUUAUCAGGAUUCGUCUUCCUUGUAAAUUGUGAACACUUUAAAAUUGAACAGUUUCUUAAAUUGGUUCAUUUCAGUACAUUGUUUCAUACCUGCCAACUUUUGAAAUCAGAAAAACCUAGUAGCCAGGGUCCAGGGGCCGCAGGCCCCGGUAGGUCCAGGACAAAGUCCUGGUGGGGGGUUCACCCCCCGACGCAAAAUGAUUAUUAGCAUUCAGACAGGUUAAAAUGUUGCUAAAACCAUCACUUUUCUAUCAGUCACAGUGACUUUUGAAAACAAAAAUAUUACAGCAAAAAUCAUAUGGGUUGAUUGACAUGUUUAUUCUGUAAGCUAACUUCAAUAGUUUGAAAUUAUUUUGACAGUUAAUGCCAGUUAUCCUGUCAACCUUUCACAAGACUUCAAUUUGUUAAUUGAAAGUAUAAACAGUAUAAACACUUUUUACAGUAAACAAAUGGUAAAACAGUACUAAACAAUUCCAUUUAAAAAAAUGUGGUGUCAUUAUUAACUUUCUGUCCAAGCUUGUAUAAUCUACUGCCUUGUUCAAUUGUAAAAAAUAUUCUGUGCCUAAAAUUCACAUUUAUAUCACAAUUAUCAUACUGUAAACAUGGUAAGCUAACUUCAUUAAAAUUAAUAGUCCUGUCAAUAGCAUGGAAUUACAAUUCAAAUGUAGUUUUUUUGUAAGCCUUUCAAAAGAAUUCAAAAUAUGAAAAAUUAAUGAAAAUUAAUUUAAGCCAUCAGACACUUGAAACGUGGCACAUCACAUCUCUAAUGUAAUCAUUUGAACUUUUCAACAGAAAUAGCACUGCAAAAAUAUUAAGGACAUAAUUCUGUAUUUUGGUAGUUAUGCUGUCAACAUUUAACAAGAUUUCUUCAACUUGGACUUGAAAGCAUAAAUAGUACAAACACUUUUAACAGUAUAACAGUACUAAACAAUUCCAAUAGAUAACAUUGGUGUCAUUACCUUUUUGUGGCUAAAAUCCAAAUGUAUUCUAUCAGAUUGAUCAUACUGCAAAAAUUAUAUGGUAACUUUAUGAUAAGGGCGACGAAAAACGUUGAAAGUUUUCCACUUGUAUCGCUAGCAACGGCAUUAGACUUGUGUUUUUUUGUCCCAACGUGGUCUUUUACAUCGCUAAUUCCUCCGCGUCCGAUUGAAAAAUCUUGUCUGCACUAGGUGCAAUUCGCGUAGUUUUCACCCUUUUUGGAACGGAUAAUUAUUCCCGGAUAGGCUUUUGAAUAUUCUUCACGGAAUGACUGCAGUUUUCUUUUCGGUUUAAGACUCCUUUGCGAUUUUUCUCCGGCUGAUUCCAUGAUCGUUCGCUCGUUUGGAAACAAUGGCAACAGGUGCCUCGUGCUUGGCAGCGGUGCUAUAAAUAGCCUCGCGCAUGGCAUUCGGAAUGGCUCGAUAGGAAGUAACGGGAAGCAGUAUCGAUUGUCAUUGUUGUUACGCGAUUUCGUGAAUAAAACUUUUAAAAAUAUAUUUUUUUUUAAUUAAUGAAAAACCGUAUUUUUUAUCACUGCAACCGUAACCCGGAAUAAGUUGAUGAAAACCGUACUAAUUACGGGAAAACCGGAGUAGUUGGCAGGUAUGUUGUUUGCCUAAUCCUAAUUCCUUAAUUUAGCCUAGCGAAGAAAAAUUCAUAGAUUAGCCGCACCUUCGUAUAAUCCGCAGGGUUCAAAGCUUGGUUAAAAAAAGGAAAAUAACAAAUUAAGGCCUGGGGGCUGCACGUGGCCCGUUAAGCUUUUCAAUCUGGCCCGGCGGACAUUCCCAAAUAAUUUUUUUUAGAUCUUUAAGAAGGAAACUGUAGCUGCCAUUAUGAUGUGCAGAGAUGUUUUCUAAUGACCGUAAGUCUUGAACUAUACAAAGUAUUUCAAUGGUUGGAAUCUGUGCUUUUGCAUGAUAUACUAGUUACAUACAUACAUCUAAUUAGUUACUAUGGUAAUCGACGUCACAGCAGCUCAGACGAGGCACCAAGCAGUGUGGGUGGGGAGCGUUUCCACAGAGGCCAGCCUGAAAUCCGGGUGUCAGAGACAGACGCGGAAGGAGAUUUUUACAAGAAAGUUCUAAAGCUUAGUGAUAUAUCAGAUGUAUCAGAUUUUUUUUUUACCCUUCGCGUUCAUAUUUCGCUGUUUGUUGCAUUUUUGUUGCGUUUCGCUUGAUUGUAAAAUAUGUCGAUCGAGAGGUGGUGUGACCUUCACAUGUUGUCAAUAGUCAGUGUUUUAUCGUUCAUAGUUAAUAUUGUAAAUCCCACAUUCUUUAUUUACAUGUACAUUCUCAUUCAGUAAAAAAAUUUAAAAUUCCAUUCCGUUUUUUCAUGCGGUCUGUCAUGAUGUUUUUAGCAUUCAAUCAGACAUUGUGAGAUUUUGUAUUAGUGUUCCUAAAAAUCAGAUAUACCGGCCCCCAGACACAUUUUUUCCCUCUAAAUUUGGCCCCCCCGAGUCAAAAUAAUUGCCCAGGCUUGGUCUAGAUAAUACGGUAAACAAACUUUCAAGUACUGAUAUAGAUUGGAUAUUGGUGAGACAUUGAUCUUCUAGCUGGAAAUUGAGCAAAAAGAGGAUGUUGUGUUUCUUGAAAGAUUUCAAUAAAGACACAUAUCAU